AUGAGUGAAAAAAAAGUACAUCUUCGUUUGCGGAAGGAACUUAGCGUACCCAUUGCGGUGGUUGAAAACGAAUCCCUGGCGCAGUUGUCUUAUGAAGAGGAAAGCCAGGCCUCUCUAAUGGACAUUUCCAUGGAGCAGCAACAGUUAAGGUUACAUUCGCACUUUGAUAAUUCCAAGGUUUUCACAGAAAAUAACAGAUACAUAGUAAAAACCCUUCAAACAGACUACAGUAGCGGAUUCAGUAACGAUGACGAAUUGAAUGGAUAUAUCGAUAUGCAAAUUGGAUAUGGACUAGUCAAUGACCACAAGAAGGUUUACAUCUGGAAUAUUCACUCCACUCAAAAGGAUACGCCCUAUAUAACUGUACCAUUUCGUUCUGAUGAUAAUGAUGAAAUAGCAGUCGCGCCCAGGUGCAUACUAACUUUCCCUGCUACAAUGGAUGAGUCUCCAUUAGCACUGAAUCCUAAUGAUCAGGACGAAACCGGAGGGCUUAUCAUUAUCAAAGGUAGCAAAGCGAUAUAUUAUGAGGAUAUCAACUCCAUAAAUAAUUUGAACUUUAAGUUAUCUGAAAAAUUCUCUCACGAGUUAGAAUUACCCAUCAACUCUUCGGGCGGAGAGAAGUGUGACCUAAUGUUAAACUGCGAACCUGCUGGUAUAGUGCUUUCUACAAAUAUGGGCAGAAUAUUUUUUAUAACCAUUAGAAAUUCCAUGGGUAAACCUCAACUGAAGUUAGGCAAACUAUUAAAUAAACCUUUCAAAUUGGGUAUCUGGUCCAAAAUUUUCAAUACAAACAGUUCAGUUGUCUCAUUACGAAAUGGACCUAUCCUCGGUAAGGGGACAAGGUUAGUAUAUAUUACUACUAACAAAGGAAUUUUUCAAACAUGGCAGUUGUCUGCCACGAAUUCCCAUCCAACAAAAUUGAUUGAUGUAAACAUUUACGAAGCCAUUUUAGAGUCGCUCCAGGAUUUGUAUCCAUUUGCUCAUGGUACGUUGAAGAUUUGGGACUCUCAUCCAUUACAAGAUGAAAGUUCACAACUUUUCCUGUCAUCUAUUUACGACAGUUCAUGCAAUGAAACAUAUUAUAUUCUUUCCACGAUUAUCUUCGAUUCUUCUUCUAAUAGUUUUACUAUUUUUUCCACUUAUAGAUUGAACACUUUUAUGGAGUCAAUAACCGACACAAAGUUUAAGCCUAAGAUAUUUAUACCUCAGAUGGAGAAUGCUAACGAUACCAAUGAGGUAACUUCCAUUUUGGUAAUGUUCCCCAAUGCUGUUGUCAUUACUCAGGUGAACUCAAAAUUGGACUCUAGCUAUUCAAUGAGAAGAAAGUGGGAAGAUAUUGUUAGCCUUAGAAAUGACAUUGAUAUAAUUGGUUCUGGUUACGACUCAAAAUCUUUGUAUGUUUUAACGAAACAAAUGGGGGUGCUACAGUUUUUUGUGAAAGAGAAUGAGGAAACAAAUUCUAAACCGGAAGUUGGGUUUGUCAAAUCUCAUGUUGAUCAAGCUGUUUAUUUCUCCAAAAUAAAUGCAAAUCCCAUAGAUUUCAAUUUACCUCCAGAAAUUUCACUAGAUCAAGAAUCUAUAGAGCAUGAUUUAAAAUUAACCAGCGAGGAGAUUUUUCAUUCCAACGGCAAGUACAUACCCCCUAUGCUAAAUACGUUGGGGCAACAUCUCUCUGUCCGUAAAGAAUUUUUUCAAAAUUUCCUGACAUUUGUUGCUAAGAACUUCAACUAUAAAAUAUCACCCGAACUGAAAUUGGAUCUGAUCGAAAAAUUUGAGAUCUUGAAUUGCUGUAUUAAGUUCAAUAGUAUCAUCAGACAAUCUGAUGUAUUGAACGAUAUAUGGGAGAAGACUUUAUCAAACUAUAAUCUGACACAAAAUGAACACUUAACUACUAAAACAGUUGUAAUCAACAGUCCCGACGUAUUUCCAGUAAUCUUUAAACAAUUUUUAAACCAUGUUGUGUUUGUUUUGUUCCCAUCACAAAAUCAAAAUUUCAAACUAAAUGUUACCAAUUUAAUCAACUUAUGCUUUUAUGAUGGAAUUCUUGAAGAAGGUGAAAAAACUAUAAGGUAUGAACUUUUGGAGUUAGACCCGAUGGAGGUUGAUACAUCCAAGCUACCAUGGUUCAUAAACUUUGAUUACUUAAACUGUAUCAAUCAAUGUUUUUUUGAUUUUACAUUUGCGUGUGAGGAGGAAGGAAGUCUGGAUUCUUAUAAAGAGGGCUUGUUAAAGAUUGUGAAAAUUUUAUAUUAUCAGUUCAACCAAUUUAAAAUAUGGAUCAACACGCAACCCGUUAAAUCUGUGAACGCCAAUGAUAAUUUUAUAAAUAUCAACAAUCUUUAUGAUGAUAACCACCUGGAUUGGAACCACGUCCUUUGUAAGGUAAAUCUAAAAGAACAGUGUAUUCAAAUAGCAGAAUUUUACAAAGAUUUAUCUGGAUUGGUGCAAACAUUACAAACUUUAGAUCAAAAUGACUCAACAACCGUAUCGCUAUACGAAACAUUCUUCAACGAAUUCCCUAAAGAGUUUAGCUUUACAUUAUUUGAAUAUUUAAUCAAGCAUAAAAAAUUGAACGACCUCAUCUUCAGGUUCCCACAACAACACGAUGUUUUAAUACAGUUUUUCCAAGAGUCCGCUCCAAAGUACGGUCAUGUAGCAUGGAUCCAACAGAUUCUGGAUGGGUCGUACGCAGAUGCCAUGAAUACUUUAAAAAACAUUACUGUUGAUGAUUCAAAGAAGGGCGAAAGCUUGAGCGAAUGUGAAUUGCACUUGAAUGUUGCAAAAUUAAGCUCGUUGCUAGUUGAAAAGGAUAAUUUGGACAUUAAUACUUUGAGAAAGAUCCAAUAUAAUUUAGAUACAAUUGAUGCUGAGAAAAAUAUUUCAAACAAAUUGAAAAAGGGCGAAGUUCAGAUAUGUAAACGCUUCAAGAAUGGCUCUAUCAGGGAAGUUUUCAACAUAUUAGUGGAAGAGCUUAAAUCAACAACAGUAGUCAAUCUAUCGGAUCUCGUUGAGUUGUAUUCUAUGCUCGACGAUGAAGAGAGCUUAUUCAUACCGCUAAGGCUUCUUUCUGUUGAUGGAAACUUACUGAAUUUUGAAGUUAAAAAGUUCUUGAAUGCUUUGGUAUGGAGAAGAAUCGUUCUACUAAAUGCUAGUAAUGAAGGAGAUAAACUGCUUCAGCAUAUAGUCAAACGUGUUUUUGAUGAAGAACUACCCAAAAAUAAUGAUUUCCCCUUGCCCAGUGUGGAUCUUUUAUGUGACAAAUCGUUACUGACGCCAGAAUACAUAAGCGAAACAUAUGGCAGGUUUCCUAUUGAUCAGAAUGCCAUACGUGAAGAGAUAUAUGAAGAAAUAUCUCAAGUGGAAACGUUGAACUCAGACAACUCACUCGAGAUAAAGUUGCACUCGACUAUUGGUUCUGUAGCGAAAGAAAAAAACUAUACCAUCAACUAUGAAACCAACACUGUAGAAUACUAA